ACCAUCUUGAAAUACACGCGGACACACACCGUGAAAUUGUUUCCAAGGUGAUACGGUCGAUCUAUGUCGAUGAUAUUGUAACAGGUUCACAAUCGGAAGAGCAAGCUUAUCAGUUGUACAGUGAAGCUAAAACCUUGCUGAAGACGGGUGCAUUCAACUUGCGAAAGUUUUACACUAAUGCAACGAGAUUGCAAGCUAAGGUGGACCUCGAGGAGUCGGCACAGCAUCAAGAUGAGCCUAAGCCAAUGGAAACAUAUUCACAGUCCACACUGAGUGGCAAUGGAGAACUUUGCAAUGCUGAGCAAAGAAUUCUUGGAUUGAAGUGGAAUAUCACCUCAGAUCAGAUUAUCUUCUCAUUAGCCGAUUUGGCUGAACAAGCCCGAAGACUGGAGCCCACCAAAAGGAACGUCAUCAGCCUUAUCGGGAGGGUGUAUGACCCAUUAGGAUUCUUGGCCCCAAUUGUAGUGAGAUACAAGGUGUUCAUGCAGUCUUUAUGCAAGGCCAAGAUUGGCUGGGACGAGAAAAUACCGGAGGCCUCGAUAACGCAGUGGAGCAAACUCGUGUUGGCUUUGGAAGAUGCGCAGCCUUUGACAAUUCCUAGAUGCUACCUGGAAGCUGUGCAAGGUGAAGUGCUUUCCUAUCAGCUUUGCGGCUACUGUGAUGCCUCACUGUCAGCGUACGCUGCAGUUAUCUAUUUGUUGAUUGAGACCAAAGACAAGACUCACAUGCGGUUUGUGGUUGCCAAAACGAGAGUGGCACCGUUGAAGAAACAAACUGUACCUAGACUUGAGCUUCUCUCAGCAGUAUUGCUCGCAAGAUUAAUGAACACGACAAAAUUGAGUUUGAACCCAGAGAUUGAGAUAUCCUCUUUUCACUGCUUCAUUGACUCCCAAGUCGCUCUAUGCUGGAUAAGAAAUAUAGGAAAGUCAUGGAAGCCGUUCGUGCAAAACAGAGUGUCAGAAAUUCGAAACCUGUUCCCAGUUGAGUGUUGGAAUCACAUACCAGGCGUUGAAAAUCCUGCUGAUGUGCCCUCAAGGGGAACUACACCUCUCGAAUUAUUGGUGAACAAAUUGUGGCGAGAUGGUCCUAGCAUGCCAUUUAGGUAUUCUGACAAAGCAACCGAUGACGACCUUCCCUCGGAAUGCCUCGAAGAGCUCCCGGCAAGCGAGAAACGAGCCGUACAUGGUCUUUUGACAAUCGAGGAGUCUUCUGUUACGAACCUCAUUCAGGUCAAUAAUUUUAGCGAUAUCAACAAACUUGUCAAUGUUCUCACCUACGUAUUGAAGUUUUCUUCCUAUAUGAAGAGACUCAUAUCUCCUACCACAGUUUGUAAAAAUGAAAGAAUGAUUGCCGAAGUACUCCUAAUAAAGGAAGCACAACUGUUGCUGAGAGAUCACAAGAAUUUCUUAAUGUGGGAGAAGCAGUUGUUCCUUUUCGAAGAUGAACAUGGAGUUUUGAGAAGUCGAGGGAGAAUUGCCAAUGCAACUUUACCAUACUCGACCAAGCACCCUAUUAUUUUGCCGAGUGACCAUCCUCUGACAACAAUGUAUAUCCGUCAAUCUCAUAGUCGAGUGCUACACAACGGUGUAAAGGAGACCCUCACCGAACUCAGGUCACGAUUCUGGGUGAUAAAGGGAAGAAGUGUAGUCAAGCAAGUUCUUCACAGUUGCAACACCUGCAGACGACACGAAGGAAUGUCCUGCCGAGUACCACCACCCCCCCCACCCCCCCCCACUGCCUACUUUUAGAGUUCAAGAAGCACCACCCUUUACGAGCACUGGUGUUGAUUUUGCUGGACCAUUGUACGUCAAGCAUCCUGGUGGAGUGCAAACGAAGGUUUGGAUAGUAUUAUACACUUGUUGUGUUACCAGAGCUAUCCACCUGGACCUUGUGAGUGACAUGUCGGCACCCACAUUCAUACGAAGUUUCAAAAUGUUUAGCGCGAGGAGAGGC